AUGGGUGUAGGAAAAAGUGCAUUUUGCAAUACUUUGACUGGAGAAAAACUGUUUGAUCCUGAAAGGGCUUUGCAUUCUGUUACAAAAGCUGCUGAUUUGAAAGUAACCGAACGGUUUGGGCGAGAAAUUCUUCUGAUCGACACCCCUGGUUUUGGAAAUAAAGAACGGCACAAAGAAAUAGUUGAGUUUAUCGAAGGAGUUGGUGAAUUAUUCUUGCGAUUUGCCCCAGGAUUCCAUUGCAUUGCUUUCGUUUUAAGUUUUGAAGCUCGAAUCACACGAGAUGAUAUCGAGCUCUUGGAAGAUGUCAAGCGGAUCUUGGGAAAGGACGUUAUGGGUCACAUUAUUUUAGUAUUUACUAGAUGUCCCAGUCAGAGUGCUUUAGAAGAAAAGCUUAAAACGGCAUGUAGUCAGUUCAAAAAUAUUUUGAAAGAAGUAGAAUACCGAGUUUAUGGAGUAGAAAAUGAAACUGGGGAUUUGAACAUGCUUGCGCAAAAUUUCUUUAGAAUGGUUGAUGACCUAUGCAUCAACCAACGCAAAAAGAUUUACACAUCAGAUAUGCUUUUGAAAGCUUGGAAAAUUGUAAAAGAUGAAGUCCAAAGUACUUCUGAUAGAAUGAAGAUAAGCAACGUGCAGGAAAAAGUGGAAUUGCUCGGAAUUUUUCAAUUCUUUGUUUCCGCAAUUUUAAGCCCUAGAAAUGAAUAA